AUGUUCACAGUGCUUAAAGACUCACCUGGCUUGCGACCUCGAAGUAUUCAAGAUAUGGACCCCGGGAGAGUUCGAGGAUCAGGGGCCAAGCAGGCAGAUACAUGUCUCCAGUGGCCACAGGUUCGAGAGACCAAGCUCGAAUUCUGGGUCAACAGCCCUAGAUUCAGCUGGGACUCUCCCGGAGAAUACGAGGAUGCCCUUCCGAGUAUGGAGCUUUACGGAGAGUCGGCUUCAAACGACGCACUACUUCCUGUCUUCGACGACGCACAAUUCGACGUUACGCAGCUCUUGGACUCUCCAAGCUUGAACGACGCACUAAACUCCGUUCUGAAUAGUGUUGAGGUGGAUUCGGGCUUGAUUUCUUGCAGUCCGGUGAAUGGGAAUCACCAAGAAUCCUUCCACAUCUCGACAUCAAUGACUCACUGUCCGAUGCCUUGGCCUCCGGAUAUGCUGGCAUCACCCGAGAGACGUUUUCUCUGGCAGUAUUUCUUGCAAAUAACUAAGGACGGGUUUCUGUGCCUCGACGACAAAGACUUAUUCAAGUUUCCAGGAUCCCAAGACCCUUUCAUAGCCACCAUUCCACAAAUGGCGAUUUCUGACGAAAGUUUACGGAGCUCGAUUUUCAGUUUUGCGGCGUUUCAAUACAACGCCAGCGGAAACGGUGGUGGCUUUCAACAACUCGCAAUGGACUGUUCAAGAAGAGCCGCUGUUGCCCUAAAAGCUCAACCGCACUCUGACUCACCUUGGAACCAAAUCUGGACUCUAAUCUCUCUGAUUGCCUGUGGAAUAUUUCUGCACCACUCUGGCCAGGGUGAUAGCCAAGAUUAUUUGCAAUCCUCAGGCACACUGGCAGUCGGAUUCUACACACGUCCGCAAUCUUCUCCAGAUCUUCUGUCGCCAUCCGUUCAGCUGAUACUUUCCAUGCUACGAUGGACUGUCAUAUCAACGGUAUGCUCGUUUCAGAGUUCUCGGACACUGGUGAGCGAUAAGGUCUACCGCUGCUUGGAGAUGCGAGCAGAAGAGAUUGAGCACAACUAUUCGCUUUCCUUCCGUGAUUGGUUAAAUAACCCGAUCUACGCAUUUUCUCCUCGCCUCGUUAACCCGCUUCUUCGCCUGGCCAGGCUUCUUGAUAUCCAAAAGUCUCAGCAGACCGUCAGUCAGUAUGGGUCAUCGGAUAAAGUCAUGGAAAAUCAAAUGAUCAAGCUUGAAGAAGAACUUCUGAUGGCUAGGGAAGUCGACUUGGAUCGCUGUCAAACACACGCUGCAGACCCGAAGGAGCUACGUUCUCUGAACGAAGCCAUGCACGCAGCGACAUUUCUCUUGUUUUACGUACGCCUCAAAGGCAUGCCAUUCACGGCUUCUCUGGUACGUAAGAAGGUGCAGGUUAUCGUGUCUGAAAUUAGGAAUAUUCCUGUCGCAUCUCGCGUUUCUCAUGCCGUUCUAUUCCCACUCUUCAUCGCUGGCUGCGAAGCCGUCGAGGAUGAGGCACGGGGGAUAAUUCUGGAAAGGUUGCGGACACCCAGAGGUCUCACGUACAAUCGCAAAGACGUAUGCUUGUCGUUGGAGCAUGUAUGGGAAGUACGAGAUACAGACCCUGGACUCAGGUGGCCCGAAUGGUUCUACAAAUUGAAUCCGGACUUCUGCAUUAACUCAUUGUUCUAG